AUGCGUGACCUGCUUUCCAGCGAGAACGAUGGACAUAAGCGGCACCCCAACGCUUUUACGCACACGCUAGACGUGGCGCCCGGCGAGAGCAAGAGCGAGGAGAUGGAGGGACCACCCGCGUUCGCCAACAUCAAGGACGACGCUGUACCUCUCGAGGCUCUGAAGGAGCGUAAACCAGACGUGGAUCUCGAAGAGGGAUGGGCUCUGGAAGAGCUGCCAGAGGCAGAAGGAGGAGACUCAAGCUUAGAGGAAGCCGAGGAUGCUGGCAUCGAGGAUCCCACCACCCCUCAAAGCUUCAUCAAAGAAGAGGGCGUGUACUUGUCUCGCCGUGACCUCGAGGCCAUCAACGUGCAAUGCAGUCGCUACGCACAGCGCUCGAAAUCAAGUCGCAUUCACGUCUUAAAGGCGUACGUCACUGCCAAGAGGAUUUCGCAGGAGUCUGGGCAGCAAGAGGUGGAAAAGUUGUGCGCGAUAUCGGCAACCCGCUUUUUGGCCAAGAUGGCGCAUAUGUACCCUUGGAUGUACAGGCUCGAUGGCGACCAGCCCCGGCCCGCCGGCGUGCUCUGGAAAACGGUGUUAGCUGAAUCGAUGGUCAUCAGUGUCGAAGGCACCUCGCUAUACAUGUGGGCGCUGUACAAGGCGUACAAAGGCAACAGUAAUGGAGAGGACGUGUUUCGCGAGCUCCUCAAGCCCGAUGCCGACGUCGACGUGUUGUUCUGGCGCACCUUUAGCGACGAGGAGCUUAAAGACCUCAACUUUAGCUGUCUAUACGUUUUCGGUUCAUCGCCCGAGCCGAAUAAGAGGCGGCGGGCAUAUGUGGGAAUGACGAACAAUCUUCGUACGAGGUGGCGUGGUCACCGAGGAAAGGCAGGUAUAGCCAUUGCGGCCUUGGGAACGGAGGCAGGAGUGGCGAGUGGGUACCUCGCCGACAUCCUCCGCCAAAAGAGGACCGCGUGGGGGUGGCUCGCCAAGUACGGCUCGCCCGCGUUCCACUUGGCCACCGCCAGCCCUUCCAGUAGCACCCCAGGUCCCGACGGCCUGAGGCACUGGUGGAUGGUGGCUUCCCAAGAGCAUGUGCAACAGAUGUGGAAAGUGCAGGGCGGCUGCGGCGCAUACAGCGCCAGCAAAGGUCUCGACCGUCUCGUCGCGCUCGUGGAAGAAGGUGCACAUCUCGCGGCUGCCUCGUCGUAG